AUGUCAAACGACCCUGCUCACUUCUGCAAGACCAUCUUGGCGGGGACCAUCGCCAAAGGUCUCCAAGCCGAAGUCAAUGAUGGGCUAGCCAAGCUCCGCAAGACGCCGCAUCUGCUGGGCAUCCUGGCCAACGACGACCCGGCAGCCAAGGUGUACGCCGACUGGACGGGCAAGACGGCCAAGGACAAUGGCUUUGAGUACAGCCUGCGAACGGUAGGCAAGGAUGACGCCGAGGAGACCAUUAUCGCCGCCAAUAACGACGACGGUGUGGAUGGGAUUAUUGUCUACUAUCCCAUUUUCAACAACCGCCAGGACCAGUAUCUGCAGCAGAUUGUGGAUCUCAAGAAGGAUGUCGAAGGCCUCAGUCAUCAGUACAUCUUCAACAUGUAUCAGAACAUCCGUUUCCUCGAUGACCGCCAAAUGCAGAAGAGCAUUUUACCGUGCACCCCACUGGCUGUGAUCAAGAUCCUGGAGUACCUCCAUAUCUACAACACGAUUCUGCCUUACGGCAACCGCCUGUUUGGCCGCACCAUCUGCGUGGUCAACCGCAGCGAAGUUGUAGGCCGUCCGCUGGCAGCACUCUUGGCCAACGACGGGGCCUGCGUCUACAGCGUGGACGUGACCGGUGUCCAGCAGUUUACUCGUGGUGAGGGAAUCCGUAAGCGUAAGCAUGAGAUCGUCGAGAAGGAAGGCUGGACCGUGGAGAAUUGCGCUCCCAUGUGCGACGUUGUCAUCACCGGUGUGCCCGGAAACAAGUACAAGUUUCCACUGCACCUGGUCAAGGAUGGCGCCGUAUGCAUCAACUUCUCGAGCGAGAAGAAUUUUGCUCCCGAGGUCAAGGAGAGAGCUUCGAUAUACGUGCCAGCCAUUGGCAAAGUCACCAUCACAGUUCUUCUGCGGAAUCUCUUGCGCAUCGUACAGAACAGGGAGGCGCUCAGUCCAGAGUCGCAGCCCACGGCGAAUGGAGAAUCUUGA